UGCAUCUCUGUUCAUGUUGGCCAGGCUGGAGUUCAGAUUGGCAAUGCAUGCUGGGAACUUUUCUGUCUGGAACAUGGCAUUCAGCCAGAUGGCACCUUCAAGAAUCAGUCCAACAAGGUCAACGAUGAUGACUCCUUUGCCACAUUUUUCAGAGAGACAGGCACAGGAAAACAUGUGCCACGGGCUAUUAUGGUAGACUUGGAGCAAACUGUAGUAGAUGAAGUGCGGACUGGCACUUACCGGAAGCUUUUCCAUCCAGAACAGCUGAUCACUGGAAAGGAGGAUGCAGCUAAUAACUAUGCCCGUGGUCACUAUACCAUUGGCAAAGACAGAAUUGACUUGGCAUUAGAUCGUAUCCGUAAACUGACCGAUGCCUGUUCUGGGCUACAGGGAUUCCUGAUUUUCCACAGCUUUGGUGGGGGCACUGGCUCUGGCUUCACCUCCUUGUUGAUGGAACGCCUCUCCCUGGAUUAUGGCAAGAAGUCCAAACUGGAGUUUGCCAUCUACCCAGCCCCUCAAGUCUCCACUGCCGUAGUGGAGCCGUACAACUCCAUCCUGACCACCCACACCACCCUGGAGCAUUCAGACUGCGCCUUCAUGGUGGACAACGAGGCCAUCUAUGACAUCUGCCGUCGCAACUUGGACAUUGAGCGCCCCACUUACACCAACCUUAACCGUCUCAUCAGCCAGAUAGUCUCAUCAAUCACUGCCUCUCUGCGCUUCGAUGGUGCCCUCAAUGUGGAUCUGACAGAGUUUCAGACCAACCUGGUGCCCUACCCUCGCAUCCACUUCCCCCUGAUGACAUAUGCACCCAUUAUCUCCUCCGAGAGAGCCUACCACGAGCAGCUGUCAGUGGCAGAAAUCACCAGUUCCUGCUUUGAACCCAACAACCAGAUGGUGAAGUGUGAUCCACGUCAUGGAAAAUACAUGGCCUGCUGCAUGCUGUACCGCGGUGACGUGGUCCCCAAAGAUGUCAACGUAGCUAUUGCUGCCAUCAAGACCAAGAGAACUAUCCAGUUUGUGGACUGGUGUCCAACAGGCUUCAAGGUUGGAAUCAAUUACCAGCCUCCCACAAUAACACCCGGAGGAGACCUGGCCCAAGUGGAACGUGCUGUCUGCAUGCUAAGCAACACCACAGCCAUCGCUGAGGCCUGGGCAAGGUUGGACCACAAGUUUGAUCUGAUGUAUGCCAAGAGGGCAUUUGUGCACUGGUAUGUUGGUGAAGGCAUGGAGGAAGGGGAGUUUGUAGAGGCCCGAGAGGACUUGUCUGCACUGGAGAAGGACUAUGACGAAGUGGGAACAAACUCAUUUGGAGAAGAAAAUGACGGGGAGGAAUUUUGAAAUACACGUUGCCCCUUGCUGCACGCAGGAUUGUCUUUGUGUCUCUUUAUUGCAUGUGUCUGCAUUUCUGUUUGUUUUAUACACACAACAGUUCUCAUAGACUGAAUAUUACGAGGUCUAUGUUCCAAGAAUGCUCUUUCCUACCCCUCAAAUCACAGGACAAUGAUGAUAUGAGAUAUGUCCACCUGCUCCUAAAUCAUAAUUCCUAGGAAGACAACAAACCUUAGAUACUAUGCCAAUGCACCCUGGGAGAAAGUUUCUUUUUGAGCCGAGUCCCACUGUAUUAUAAUAUAAUAUUUACUAUAUUUUACUAAUCUAAGGAUUCACUCAUGCAUCUCCAAUAUCAUUAUUUGACAAGUUUUAUUUGUAAUAUUUGCUUUAAAAUGCUAUAUACAGUUGUGGCAGUGAGACUGUGAAAAGACAGAGGAUUGCUAUUGCAGGAACCAAUGUUACUGAGCAGCAAUGCUUAUCCAUAGGUUCAAAUUAGUUGGAAGAUAAGUCAAUAAAGCCUUCCUAGUUUACAAUGCUAUGAGACCCCUCAUACUAUUUCCUGCUCUUUCAAACAUUUGAUGUAGGACUCCUUGUUGUAGCUUUCUGAAAACUUUGUAAAUGCCUCGGAUAGGGCUUUUGCAAAUGACAAAAGGUCUGAUUUCUCCUUUAUAUUAAGUGCUCUUUAUACUGUUUUUGUGCUGUAAAGGGCCUUAAAGUUAGAUUUAUCCUCCCUUUUGGAUCCCUUAUUACACUAGAGCAUAAAAAAUAGCCUUAAUGUAAAGAAGAAUCAUGCCCAUGAUUUUUAAAUGUUCACGUAUUCGUUAUUAUCAACGUUAAAAAAAUAUGUCUGACACUAGUCUUCAUUCAUGAUCAUUUACAUGCAAAAUAAUAAAAGCGGUUUAACCUGAUGGAGUCAAAGCAAGAUGGCGUUUACAAAGGGGAAGCCACACUUCUCUAACCUAAGCGGAUUAACUGAAAAAGUUGGAUAGUAAAUAAACAACUAUUAAAACAAAUAAAUAACGAGAUUUUAAUCAUGACAUUGUCACUUCCCUCACGAUCAAUGGAUAGAAAACAGAGAUGUAGAAAGAGAUUAAUAGUGAAAGGCUUCAGGAUAUAUUUUUAGAAAUCAUGCACAAAAACAUUAAGGUUGCAAAGUUGACCACUCCAAAGUUAAGAAAUGCCAUAAUUAAGAUGGCCUGUGCUACCUGAAUUCAUCCCCCCUUGUCCAUAUGCAUUAUGAUACUGUCUUUAAUUACAUGAUCACAUCCUAUUUUUCCCACAGGGCCCCUGCCUCAUUCACUGCACAGGAUGGACAGUACUCACUUAAUGAGCAGUGUGACAGGGUCAGGCCAGAUGGCUACAGGAGAAGGCAGAUAUAUUAGCCCCAGGUUAAGUAGGUCCCUUUUCCCUGGGUAAGGUAACAGGGAAGGUUCCAGAACAAUCAGGAACUUUCUGGAAACAAUUAAGGCAGACAGGCUCAUUAGAACACCUGCAGCCAAUCAAGAAGCUGCCAGAAUCAAUUAAGACAGGCAGGGUGAUCAGGGCACGUAGGUUUAAAAAGGAGCUCACUUCAGUUUGUGGUGUGUGUGUGGGGAGCUGGGAGCAAGAGGUGCAAGAAGCUGAGAGUGAGCAGGCGUACUACUAGAAGACUGAGAAGUACAAGCUUUAUCAGACAUCAGGAGGAAGGUCCUGCAGUGAGAAUAAAGAAGAUGUUGGGAGGAGACCAUGAGGGAGUAACCCAGGGAAUUGUAGCUGUCAUGCAGCUGUUACAGGAGUCGCCAUAGACAGCUGCAAUCCACAGGGCCCUGGGCUGGAACUCGGAGUAGAGGGUGGGCCCGGGUUCCCCCCAUUCCUCCAUCUCCCUACUUGAUACCGGAGGAAUUGACCUGGACUGUGGGUUCCACCAGAGGGGAAGGUUUCUGGCCUGUUCCCUGAUCCACUAGGUGGAUCAGCAGAGACUGCGGGGAUUGUUCUUCUUCCUUUUCCCCAUGCUGGCCAGUGAUGAGGCUAACUGAGUGAACGGCAGAUUUGAGCCAUGAAAGUGGCCAAACUGAGGACUGCCAUGAACCUCUGAGGUGAGAAAAUCUGCCAAUAAGCGCAGGACCCACCAAGGCAGAGGAGGAACUUUGUCACAGCAGCUAUUCAAUAUUUUGUUUUCUCUUAAUUUUUUAAUGUGUGGUCCCUGGCCUUAUUUACUUAACAAUAUUAAACCCUCUUCUGAUGACAGAAUCAUUCAUUUCUUCAUGGGUUUUUCUCAUGCACUUAUCAUUGUAGUAUCAAAGUGCUUCACACAUUAAAUUAUUUUCACAACAACUGUGUGAAUUGAAGGGAUGGCAUAAUCCCUAUUUUACAGAUAGGAAACUGAGGCACAGAGUGAUUAAGCCAAAAGUUUCCACUAAUUUUGGAAGUCCAAUUUGAGAUGACCAGGACCUG